UUGUUCAUCCUCCCCGCUGACAGGAAGCGCUCAGUCUUUCUCUUCUGAUGCUCGAUUUAAGCAGCUGCUCGUGUUUUUCCGCAGCUUUAACUCGGUUCUUUGUUUUGUUUUGUUUUGUUUUGUUUUGUUUUGUUUUGUUUUGUUUUCUUCCCCUCUUUGUGAGCAACUUUCACAAAGUGCGCGAGUUUGGAAGAUUUAGGGAGAUUUUCUCGUCGGGAGGUAAUCGGUAGAGAAAAACGGAGAGAUGAGUUCUGGAGGUUUGGGGCUCAGCGAUGGGCUGGGGCAGGACAUAAGCCAGCAGGAGUUGGACUUCACCGACCUGUUCUUGGACCCAGAUGAUCCGGGUUCUCUUCUUCCCAACGACAGUCAGCCUCCUCUGCUGGUGGUCAAUCAUCACUCCGCUUACAUCUCCACCUCAGGCCAGCCAGCGUCUGGGCGAGAUGCCUUGGCUCCAAAUCUCACCACAGACGCGACAGAUGCUGUGUUUGACUGCCAGGUGCUGGCGUUAGGAGCAAGCAAUAUAGCUGCGUCCAGCCCCAGGAUUGAGAUCACUCCGUCGGGGGAUUCUUUUAACUCUCGGAAUCUGGAGCCGAGCCCCGGCUCCAAAGCUCUAGCCUACAGGGACUGCGUCAGCCCGGCCAGCAGUAACUCGUCCACAGGCUGGCCGGCCGAGGCCUGCUCUCCCCUGACCUCGCCGUGUGUCUCGCCGCCAAACGGAAGCACCUAUGGCAUCUCCCUGCCGGCGCUGGACCUGUGCCCGGGCCUGCAGGGCAUCCACACCUCCUCCGCCCACUCCUCUCCGGGACCCUCGCCUCGCAACAGCGUCACCGACGAGACCUUCCUCCAGCCCCAUCACCAGCGCUCCGCCUCGCCGCUUCCCCACCAGCGGUCCCGCUCCGCCUCGCCGCAAGGGAAGCGCUCCUUCGACCCGGGCCACGCCUCUCAGGGGGGCACUCCUGUCAAGCAGCGCUCCCGGAGCCCCAGCCCCAUCCCGUCGCCCCACGAGCAGCAGAGGGCCUACUGCCUUAACCAGUACCAGGCUCAGGCUGAGCUUCAGCCCCAAACUCAGGGUCUGGCGGAGAUACUGAGCGGCCUCAGCGCCAACCUUUCCAACACGGUCCAUCCAGCAGUGAUGAGAGGCACGCUGGCUCAGGCUCCGAGGCCCGAGUGUGCAUAUGGAGAUGGGUACGACUGGGCUGUUGGGCACGAYAAGUUGAACAGGUCUGUUCCUGAGCUCAAGUCUGAGACCUUUUACAUGGUCCCGUCCGUGUGGCCUGCCGCUCAACCAGUUCAUAACAUUGAAAGGCCAACAUUCAGUGGUCUCUCUGUGGCCUCACUUCCCUCCUUGGAGUGGACGUUGCCCAGUCAGUGCGGUCAGUAUGAGCUACUGAUCCAGCAGCAGCCCAGGUCUCAUCACAGAGCCCACUAUGAGACCGAAGGCAGCCGAGGAGCUGUCAAGAAACCUAAUGGAGGAUAUCCAGAGGUCCAGCUUCUCGGGUACCAGGGCACGGCUCCGCUGGGGCUGCAGGUCUUCAUCGGGACCGCAGACGAGAGGCUCCUGAAACCCCACGCCUUCUACCAGGUCCAUCGCAUCACCGGCAAGACUGUCACCACACCCAGCUUGGAGAGGGUGAUAAAUGGGACUAAAGUGUUGGAGAUCCCCUUGGAGCCUAAGAACCACAUGAGGGUGGUGAUCGACUCCGUUGGAAUCUUGAAGCUGAGAAAUGCGGACAUUGAACUACGGAAUGGCGAGACGGACAUUGGACGAAAAAACACACGUGUUCGUUUGGUGUUUCGUGUCCACAUUCCUGAGCCUGGAGGUCGUCUGGUGUCACURCAAGUGGCCUCUCAUCCAAUUGAAUGCUCUCAGCGCUCGGCUCAGGAGCUGCCCGCCGUCGAGAGGCAGGACCUGGACCGAUGCUCAGUGCUCGGCGGUCAGCAGAUGGUCCUCACCGGACAGAAUUUCACCUCUAACUCCAAGGUGAUAUUCUCAGAGAAGACACAAGAUGGUCAGCAAAUCUGGGAGGUUGAGGCCACUGUGGACAGAGACAAAACCCAAGCUAACAUGCUGUUUGUUGAAGUCCCUCCUUAUCGAGACCGAACUAUUUGCCAACCAGCUAAAGUCAACUUCUACGUCAUCAAUGGGAAGAAGAAACGCAGCCAGCCUCAGCAUUUUAUCUACACUCCUGUGAUAGCCAUUAAAGCGGAGCCCGUGGAUGUCUAUCAGCUGAAUCCGUAUGCCUGCUCAGAUAAUCAGUACCUGUCUGGCAUGUCCAUGAAGUCCCUCUGCCAUCAGCUCGAGCAGGAGAUCAACCCUCAAGCACUGAAUGRUUCACCAACAAUGUACCAUCUAACUGCCGCAGACCCCCGAGGCCACAUGUUCACCCCCGAAUCUUUCGACGAGCCGGCCUAUUACCAGUCCAGACCCGGAGCUCUGAUCAACAGCUCGAUGAUGUACCACACGGCGAACCAUAUUUACAGCAACUCCAGCGCCGCCCUGCUGUCCCAUUCUGCCCCCACUCCCUGCCAGUGUGUCAGCGCCAAGACCCUCGUAGCCAAACUGGGUGACGGCCCGCAGGCCGACGAUUCUUUUGAGGCAUGUUUGAUGUCGAGGCAUCAGGCGUUUGUGCAGAAGUCACUGCCUCUGGGAAGGUCGCCGCCUUCGAGAUACAUCCAGGUGAAGACAGGAAGUCAGAUGGAGCCAAGUGGGCAGCCUCUUCCUCAGAUGGGAUCUGUUAAAGGAAACCACGAGGAUAAAGCUCCAGAGGGGAUAACAGUCAAGCAAGAGAACCUCAGCUACACCUACCUGGAGGAUGUGAAUGACAUCAUAAGAAGGGACAUGAAAGGCCACAGCGGAAACUGAUUCUGCAGCAGUGCUGAAGACCAACACUUUCAGAUUUUAAGCAGAGUUUAAUCUGAAAACAGGAAUAAUAAUGGCUGACAUUAAAGGCAAACAUUUAGUCGUUGCUUUAUUAUGGACUUAUAUUCACUUUAUUUCAAGCAAUCGUGUUUCUGUUGAACAGUAGGAUGGUCAACUAAAACUGACUUAAUGUGUCAUUUUAAAUAAUAAUUCAAAAAUGUGUCAGCUUUUCAAAUGGCUUUAAAUAAAGUCAAGCUUUAUAUGCAAAGAUACUGUAAUUUGUUUUAUCCUAUUUUCUAUAUUUUAUGUUUUUAUAUUUUGGGUUUUUUGUUUAUAUAUAAUUGUACAAUGGCUAKUAUAAACAUGUAGAAAAUAUUUUUUAUCAAAGAAAUUCUGUUUAUAUUAUUCUGAGUGUGAGCUGUGAGUAUGUAAAGUUGGACUGAAGAGGAAAUCAUUUAUUUAACACAGUUUUGCAGAUAAUCUGCACUGGCUUUAAACUCAGUACACACCAGCSUCACACCAACACAUCAUCAGUUACUGUGGAGCAACACCCAGAGCUCAGCACUAAGCUCGGUCCUAACGUUGGACUCUACAGAAUCUGCACUUACGAUGGAGCUCACUUUCCCUGGGAUUAAUUAUCAGAUGAACCGUGAUCUGAUGACCAAGUUCAGUUUAACAUUUGGUCCACAACAUUUUUAUUAUUAUUGAAAACUGUGUUUCAAUAUACUUUUCUUUAUUAAGGUAUUUUUUAAAUAAAUUUAAUUUUUACAACA